GGCUUCACGUGUGCGCCAUAUUGGAUUUUAGCCGGCGCAAAAUCGUAUAAAAAUGUCUAAAUUCUUCGCUGCCAGCUCUGAAAGUGAGAGUGAAUCAAGCGAAGAUGAUCAACCAAUUGUAGUUAAACAAGCUCCUGCCAUUUCCAGGGCCUUUGUAUUCAGUGACGAUGAAGAAGAAACAAAGCGAGUUGUGAGAAGCCAGAAAGAUAAGAGGUUUGAUGAACUCAAAAAUGUUAUCAAGCAACUCAAAAACUAUAAAAAGAUCAAAGAUAUGUCAAAAGUUUUUACAGAAUUUGAAAACCUUGGUAAAGCAGCCAAUAAAGCUAAAGGAGUCAUAGAUAAAGAAGGAAUUCCUCAGUUUUACAUCAGAUGCUUGGCUAACCUUGAAGACUUUGUCAAAGAGAACUGGGAAGAUACAGAAGGAAGGAAGAAACUCAGCAAAGUCAAUGCCAAAGCUUUGUCAACCCUGCGUCAAAAACUCAAGAAAUUCAACAAAGACUAUGAGGCAGACAUUGACAAGUACAGAGAGAAUCCUGUCUUGUCAGGGGAAUCAGAAAGGGAAGAUUCAGGAUCUGACAGUGAUUCAGAUAAAGACUUUGAACGUCCUGCUAAAUCUGAAACCAGUAAGAUUCCUGACAAGAAAGCAGCCAAGGAUGAGAGUGAUUCUGACAGCAUCGAUUGGGACUCCACUGAAUCAUCUAGUGAAAGUGAUUUAGAUGAAAAGGGUGCACCAAUGGAGUUGACUGCUAGCAUGUUCUUGAAAAAAAAUAAAGAUACUACAGUAAAGAAAGAGAAAAAAGUAAAAAAGAAGAAAGACACUAAGAUAAUCAAGGAAAGAGAAGAAGAGGAUAAUGAGGGCUUCCAAGAAGUGCAAAGUCGUUCGGACAAAACCAAGCAUCUCUUCCCUAAAGAUACUGAAAUCACUCAUCCUGUAGUCCUCAAGAAACUUCAUGAAAUUCUUGGUGCAAGAGGAAAGAAGGGUACUGACAGGACUGAACAGAUUGGAUUCUUAAAGGAGUUAAGAAGAAUUUCUGAUGGAGCAAAUCUUGGUGAAACCAUGACAGCCAAGUUGAUGUUCAACAUCAUAUCAUCAAUAUUUGAUUACAAUCCAAAUGUAGCAACUUGUAUGAAAGCUGAAAUGUGGAUGGAAUGUUUGAAGCAGAUUGGGGAUCUUUUGUUUAUCUUGGAGAACAACCCCAACAUUGUAGUUGGAGAAAAUAUACUMGAAGAGAAUGAAACAUUUGAUAAACCAGACCAAAUCCAAAAGAUUCGMGGUUGUGUGUUGACUGUCAUUGAGCGUAUGGAUGCUGAGUAUGUCAAAAUGCUGCAGGGUUGUGAUUGUCAUUCUACUGAAUAUGUAGACAGRCUUAAAGAUGAAAAGAGUGUYUGUGAAUUGAUUGAACGCCUUCAAAAAUACCUUGAAGGAUGUGGCACCAGAGAAGAGCUGUGUAGAGUUUAUCUUCUUAGAAUCGAGCAUAUUUAUUACAAGAUUGAUGUUGACAUGAUAGCCAAACCAAACACAGAUAAAGAUGCUACUGAAGAUACAAACAAGUCAGAGGAAAAAGAAAGAUCAAAAGAGACUCCAAGCUCAGCAGAAAUCAUGUCAUAUCUUUGUAAAUACAUCUAUUCCAAGGACACGUCUGAUCGCAUCAGAACUCGUGCAAUGUUAUGUCAUAUCUACCACCAUGCUUUACAUGAUAGAUGGUUUGAAGCACGUGACUUAAUACUCAUGUCUCACCUACAGGAAACUAUCCAGUUUUCUGACAUUCCUACACAGAUUUUGUAYAAUCGUACCAUGGUACAGCUUGGUUUGUGUGCAUUUCGACAUGGUAUGAUCAAAGAUGCUCAUAAUGCAUUGCAUGACAUCCAGUCAAGUGGUAGAGCCAAGGAACUACUUGCACAGGGAUUAAUGCAGCAACGGCAAUAUGAAAGAACUCCAGAGCAAGAAAAAAUAGAAAAACGAAGACAGGUUCCAUUUCACAUGCACAUCAACCUAGAACUGCUAGAAUGUGUGUAUUUAACUUCAGCAAUGCUUAUGGAGGUGCCAUAUAUGGCAGCUCAUGCACAUGACCUGAGACGGCGGAUCAUCAGCAAAAGUUUUCAUUAUCAGUUGAGAUUGAGUGACAAGCAGACUUUAGUUGGGCCUCCUGAGAGUAUGAGAGAACAUGUUGUUGCUGCAUCUAAAGCAAUGAUGACAGGAAAUUGGAAGAAAUGUAAAAACUACAUCAUGGCAGUCAAGGUUUGGAAGUUGUUCAGUAGACCUGAGGAAGUUAAAGAAAUGCUCUUGAGGAAAAUCCAGGAAGAGAGCUUGCGCACCUAUUUGUUUACAUACAAUAGUAUGUAUGAUUCACUCAGUCUACACACAUUAGCAGAGAUGUUUGAGCUGCCCCCUGGUGUUGUACACAGCAUUAUUAGUAAAAUGAUUAUUAAUGAAGAACUYCAGGCUUCAUGGGAUGAACCCACCCAAACAGUAGUGAUGCAUCAUGGUGCUGAACCAACAUUGGUCCAGAAUCUUGCUCUUCAACUUGCUGAAAAGAUUGGUAAUUUGGUUGAAAAUAAUGAACGUAUCUAUGAUUCUAAACAUGGUGGAGGAUUCUACCAGUACAAAGAACGUCAAGGGGAUCGGAGAUUUCGACAGCGUGGUCAGCAGCAAAAUUAUUAAACUGUUGGUACAUUUGCAAGAACAGACAUGUGUUUCCCUUCAGUCUCUGUCUUCAUUACUAUGGAYAAAUGUUCACUAUAUACUCAUACAAUUCUUUUACCAUACAAAUGCAGAUAUGAUUAAUGAAAAAAUGAUUUUUUUUAUGGUGAUAGCUGUGUUUCCACUUUGAGUUAAUAUUUACCAUAACUAAUGUAGACAAGACAUGGAUAAUAAAAUUCUAAUAUAAGAAUAGGGCAUCAUGAGCAGUGCUGUGUACUUUGCUGUUGUCGCCUUAUGAAUAAAAUAUUUAACCCUG